AUGAAGAAAUCCAGGAGAGACAGGCAUGAGUUGUUUGCAAUGCCAGAUGGCAUACAGGUGACUGAUUAUGCAGAGCUGGUGAGCAGGCCCGGUGACUUUGCAACAUUGAGACAGAAGAACAAGGAUGGCAUGUACACAGCACUGGAGCAAUUUGAGGCCAUGGCACUGCUAGAUCAAGCCAAGCUGGUGUUCAUGUCCCUGAAGAGCAACCAGAUGUUCUCGGAGUCGGAGCUGGCGGCGUGGCGCCAGAGGCACGCGGACCAGCUGCAGCAGCCGAUCACGCCGGAGGGGAGAGAGGGAGGCGGCAGAGGUCCAUCACGCCACACGGCUGCGCCGCCGUUGCAGCCGGCUGCCGCCACGCCGAGGAAGAGGAGCGCCGCCGAGACGAAGAAGCAGGAGAACGCCAGCACCGGCGGGAACGGGAGCACUCCGGGGAGCCAGAAAGGGAGGCAGCGCGGUGCCAGGGAGAGCAAGGCCACGCCGCCGGGAAAGAAGGCGAGAAAAGCAGCAACGGCGGGCUUUAACGGCGGCGCCGGCCCGGUGGCGACAAGGAGGCUCACUUACAUCGACGAAGCUGCAGCCGAUCGAGGCUGGCGGGCGAUAGCGGCGACGCCGGUGUUCCAAGGCCGGCACGUUACACUCAGCGAUGGCGCCGCCACCCCGGAGGGGCGGCCGUCGUCGGAUCAGCAGGCGGCGGCACCGGAGUGCAAGCUGGAGACGGACGAGGUGCUCAAGCUGUUCGUGCUCAUGGGCACGCCCGCCGCGUUCUUGCGCAGAGCCAAGAAAAUGUUCGGCUAUGAUGAGCCAGAGGAGAGUGCAGCAAAGGAGGGGCAAUCGACCAAGGUCGACGACGCCCGGGAGCGCGCUGGCACUGCAACGGCGGCCGAGACUGGGCACGGGAAGAAGAGCAGCGCGAGCGCGCCAUCGGCCGCCGCAUGCGGGCCGUUCGCGCCGCCCAAGUUGGUCCCCGGCCGGCUGGGCUUCGGCCAGUUCGCGGCCUCUUCAGCACGUCCGUUCAAGCUCAAGUCCAAGCCUUCGGCGUCGAAUGCUUCCGGCAAGAAGAAAGUUUCGUGA